AUGGCCCGCAUCAAAACCGUCGAGUAUUUUAGGGUGAAACCCCGAUGGUUAUUCGUUAAGAUCACCGAUGAUGAAGGUCAGUUCGGCUGGGGCGAGGCCACACUGGAAGGACACACACUGGCCGUGGAAGGAGCCCUGAAUGAGAUCAUAGCUCGGGUGGUUGGCUACGAGGCAGAUGACAUCGAGCAUAUCUGGCAAACCAUCUGGCGACUGGGAUUCUACCGCGGGGGCCCCGUGUUCAUGUCCGCCUUGUCUGGAAUCGACAUUGCGCUCUGGGAUCUGAAAGGCCGUCGACUGGGUGUACCCGUGUACCAGCUGUUGGGCGGCAAAGUACGCACCAAGAUCCAAGUCUACGCCUGGAUCGGAGGCGACAGACCGAGCGACGUGGAGAUUGCUGCAAAAGCACGAGUCGAGCAAGGGCUGAAGUGCGUCAAAAUGAACGCCACCGAGGAUAUCAACUGGCUAGACUCGCCGGCCAUUCUAGAUUCGUGCAUCGAGCGCAUCAAGCAGGUAAAAGCUUUGGGGCUGGAUGUAGGACUGGACUUCCACGGCCGUCUGCACCGCCCGAUGGCGAAGCAGCUUGCCAAAGCGCUUGAGCCGUACCGUCCCUUGUUCAUCGAGGAGCCCUUACUGGUGGAGCAUCCGGAGGCCAUCAAGCAGCUGUCCCAGCAGACCAGCAUCCCGAUUGCGCUGGGAGAGCGUCUGUACACGCGGUGGGACGCCAAGCGGUUCCUGGAGGAUGCGUCAGUUGAUAUCCUCCAGCCGGAUAUUGCUCAUGCGGGGGGUAUCUCGGAGACCAAGCGCAUUGCCACGAUGGCGGAAACGUAUGAUGUGGCGAUCGCGCCGCAUUGUCCUUUGGGACCGAUUGCCCUGGCAGCAUCAAUGCAGGUGGCCACGUCCACGCCCAACUUCGUGAUUCAGGAGAUGUCACUGGGGAUGCACUAUAACGUUGAAGCGGGAGACAUCGAUCUGACUAGCUACCUUGUAGACGCCUCUGUAUUCGAUAUCGAUGGAGGCUAUGUGACGGUGCCGAAGGGCGCGGGACUGGGGAUCGAGAUUAACGAAGAGCUGGUGAGGAAGAUCAGUCGGGAAAGUGAGCCGUGGCUGCCGAAAGAAUUCUACGGACCUGACGGAGGAAUCCGCGAGUGGUAG